AUGCUCCGUCUCCCCUUAUGUGGUCGACAUAUAUUGCGCCUCACUCGUCCUUUGCGCGCAUUACACACCGCACCGGAGGCUCUGUCGCCGGCCCUUUUAACACGAGCUCGUUUACUCGCCGCAGAACAUGCGAAGCUAUCUGAUCGCCUAGGAGAGUCGUUUGAUUCCAAGAUCGCGAAACGAGCCGGGGAAUUGGCUCCGAUUGCAAACGUCCUCAAAGAAUGGGACCACGCCAAUGAGUCAAUCGUCGAACUCAGAUCCCUCUUGGAAGACCCAAACACCGACGCGGAGUUACGAUCUCUCGCGACGGAGGACCUGGACAGCAGCCAUGAUACCCUGCCAACAAUAUCAGACCGAUUGAAGAAGUCGCUGAUUCCUCGCCACCCCUUCGCUGACCUCCCGUGUUUGCUGGAAAUUCGACCAGGCGCUGGCGGAGAUGAGGCCGGCCUUUUCGCCUAUGAUAUGUUACGAAUGUACAUGGCCUUCUGUUCGCGGAGAGGCCUGAGGCCUACAAUCAUUAAGCAGGACUCGGAAGAUGGGACCGCCGAGGAUCGCUUAAGUGAGGCAGUGAUCGAAGUCGACACCGACGGCGCCUAUGAUAUUCUGCGGACCGAAUCAGGAGUGCACCGAGUCCAACGAGUGCCCUCGACUGAGACCAAGGGUCGCACUCAUACCAGUGCCGUCAGCGUAAUGGUCCUGCCAAGCUUUCCCGAGAGUACCAGUGGGAUGGACCAUGCCCUAAACUUUGAAGAUCCAAAUAGCGACUACUACGUCGAUCCCCAGGAGGUACGGGUCGAAAAGAUGAGGGCUGGGGGUGCGGGAGGCCAACAUGUCAACAAGACCGAGUCCGCCAUCCGUUUAACUCAUAUCCCAACGGGAACGGUGGUUUCCAUGCAGGAUGAGCGGUCCCAGCAGGCGAACCGCCGAAAGGCCUGGCAGGUCUUGCGGGCUAAGCUGGCGGAAGCGAGACAAGAAGCCCGAGAGCAAGAAAUUGUCCAACUCCGACGAGGAGUCCUGGGCGGCGUCGCCCGCAUGGGACGAGGCGACAAGAUCCGGACAUAUAACUACGGUCAAAGUCGUUGCACGGAUCAUCGCACUGGGGUCACAAUCCACAACCUGGGCGACGUCCUCGAUGGAGGCGAUGGCCUGGAGACCGUGAUGGACAGUGUGCGGACGUGGAUGGUUGACCGCGAGGUGGAGGCCAUAGUGGCCGAGGAACUAGCCAAGGCGACGCCAGAGUAG